CAAUUAUAAAAAUGUGGCCCCCUGGGUCAGCCUCGCAGCCACCGCCCUCACCUGCCACGGCCACAGGUCUGCAUCCAGCGGCUCGCCCAGAGCCCCUGCAGUGCCGGCUCAGCAUGUGUCCAGCGCGCAGCCUCCUCCUUGUGGCCACCCUAGUCCUCCUGGACUACCUCAGUUUGGCCAGAAACCUCUCCGUGGCCACCCCAGGCCCAGAAAUGUUCCCGUGCCUUCACCACUCCCAAAACCUGCUGAAGGCCGCCAGCAACACGCUUCAGAAGGCCAGACAAAUUCUAGAAUUUUACCCUUGCACUUCUGAAGAGAUUGAUCAUGAAGAUAUCACAAAAGAUAAAACCAGCACAGUAGAGGCCUGUUUACCAUUGGAAUUAAUCAAGAAUGAGAGUUGCCUAAAUUCCAGAGAGACUUCUUUCAUAACUAAUGGGAGUUGCCUGGCCUCCAGAAAGACCUCUUUUAUGAUGGCCCUGUGCCUUAGGAGUAUUUAUGAAGACUUGAAGAUGUACCAAGUGGAGUUCAAGACCAUGAAUGCAAAGCUUCUGAGGGAUCCUAAGAGGCAGAUCUUUCUAGAUCAAAACAUACUGGGAGUUAUUGAUGAGCUGAUGCAGGCCCUGAAUUUCAACAGUGAGACUGUGCCACAAAAAUCCUCCCUUGAAGAACCGGAUUUUUAUAAAACUAAAAUCAAGCUCUGCAUACUUCUUCAUGCUUUCAGAAUUCGGGCAGUGACUAUUGAUAGAGUGAUGAGCUAUCUGAAUGCUUCCUAAAAAGCAAGG